GCUAUAUUUGCGACCGCCAGGCCUGUAGCCAGCGCCAUGUUUCUCGCCCUGACGGUCCCCUUCGUGCUGGCGCACUUCGUCGUCGGGACCAGGACCCGACCCUCUGGACCCGGAUCCGCGCGGAGGCCGUGCGGAAGACGGAAGCGGCCCGGGCCCUGCAGGAGGCCGGCCUCCCCGACCCGAACUGCAAGACGGGCGUGAUCAGCCUGAAGGCCGAGGGCGAGACUCAGGUGUGCUGUGCGGGCUACUGCGGGGAGUGCUCCGACUACCCCACGUGCAUGACCGUCCGCGGCCAGAACUCGACCAACGCCUGCUGCAAGUCGCAGGUCUACGCGAUGCGCUGCGGCACCGCGCCGGCGAACAAGUGCCUCAGGAGCUGUUCCGAGUCCGUGCCUCCGUGCCUCAUGGACGACGACCACGUCUACACCACCACCAACCCGGACGCCGUCACUGCAGGCGUCGACUGCAACGAGGCCGUGAAGGACUGGCACGCCCACGUCGAGGCGGCCACGAACCCGGCUGGCCAGUGA